AUGAGUGCCUUCCCGGAGUACUUAUCAGAACUACUUCAUGGCUAUGGGAUCACCGCUGUAUUCGGGAUUGUUGGCAUCCCCAUUGUGGAAUUGGCUGACGCUAUGAUUUCACACGGAAAAGUUAAGUUCUAUGGAUUUAGGAAUGAACAAGCCGCAUCCUACGCGGCUUCCGCAUAUGGCUAUUUGACUGGUAGGCCGGGUGUACUCCUCGUGGUCGGCGGUCCAGGCGUGAUUCACGCGCUUGCUGGGGUCUACAAUUCUAUUUCUAAUAAGUGGCCCCUAAUAGUUCUUGCAGGAAGUAGCGAGGACUCUAACCGUGGUGGCUUCCAAGAACUAGACCAAAUUGCGCUGCUGAGCAAAUAUGUGAAAUACAGCUCGAGACUUAGCAAUUCAAACGUUGACCAAUCGUUCUACGACGCGCUUCGCCAGGCUGUGCUGGGCACCCCAGGCGUAUCGUACUUGGAUAUCCCAGCCAACGUAAUUGACCAGGAAGUGGAGAAGAAUGAAAGCUUUUCACGAAGGCAUAUCGCCAAGAUAUCUUAUCAACCUACAGAUGCAGCUCUGCAGCGCGUGGCCAAGCUUCUUAAUGCAAACCGCGAUAAGAAUAUUCUUUGCGUAAUCGGCAAAGGAGCUACUGAGAACGCGCAGCAAAUACGGCCUUUUGUCGAUGAGUUUCAGCUUCCUUUUCUUUCCACCCCCAUGGCGAAGGGUGUUGUUCCUGACUCGCAUGCGCUAAACGUGUCUUCGGCACGGUCUUUGGCUUUGAAGUCGGCAGAUAUUGUACUUGUGUUAGGCGCUCGAUUGAAUUGGAUAUUGCAUUUUGGGGAAGCUCCCAAAUGGAAGAACGAUGCAAUUUUCAUUCAAAUCGAUACAACUGCAGAAGAGCUAGGUCAUAAUAACGGGGCAGGAACCCUUUUUUCGUUAUGCGGUGACAUAGGCACCACUGUCGCGAAGCUCACGCCGCUAUUAGCUGGCUUCAGCGGUCGGGGCCUUUUUGGGUCGCUUGAAACGCGCAUUCAACAGAACGAAAAACGUUUAAGGGCUAGGGAAAACGAGCCCAGUCCUGCGCUAACGUACAACAAGGUAUAUGCUACAAUUAGGAAGCAGAUUGUUGACAAGGACACUAUAAUAGUUAGCGAAGGUGCAAAUACAAUGGAUGUAGCCCGCAUUUCGUUUCCUACGGAUUACCCAAAGCUGCGAAUGGACGCGGGCACAAAUGCGACGAUGGGCGUGGGGCUGGGGUAUGCCAUUGCUGCGAAAAUCGCCCAUCCUCAGAAAAACGUUAUUGCCAUUCAAGGCGACUCCGCGUUUGGGUUUUCAGGAAUGGAAUUGGAAACUGCUUCCCGCUAUAAGCUCGGCAUUACAGUCGUGGUUAUGAAUAAUAGCGGCAUCUAUCACGGCGAGGACCCCGCGGCCGAAAGUUCGCCUAACACGGCACCUUCAACUGCUCUGAGUCAAGAGUGCCGCUACGACCUUGUAGCAGAAGGCCUAGGAUGUCGAGGCUUCGUGGCUCGAACACAAGGCGAGGUAAGCGCUGCUUUCGCGGCCGCCAUAAAAGUGGCCGCCGACGGCCGCCCAGCUCUGAUUAAUGUCAUGAUAGAGCCUGGCCCUCAGGGGAAACUUUCGUUUGGCUGGCAAAAGAAGGCUAAAUUAUAA